AUGUAUGCUGAUGAUACAAAUAUUACAGUGCGUUCAUCUAGUUUAAUUCAUGUGGAAGAGGCCUUAAAUAGUGAAUUGGAAAAUAUUCAUCACUGGCUUCUUUCAAACAAAUUAACGUUAAAUGUAGAAAAAACGGAAUAUAUGAUCAUUGGAACACGUCAAAGGUUGAAUAAUCUUUCUCAAGACAUUAAUGUUUCUAUCGAUGGCAAAGUAUUAAAAGAGGUUGAAACCAAAAAGACCUUAGGCGUAUUGGUUGACGAACAUCUGUGCUGGGAUAAGCAGAUUGACAACAUCAGUAAAAAAGCUUCAAAGGGCAUUGGCAUGUUGCGCCGUGUAAAACCCUAUGUUCCAACCAAAACUCUUCAACAUCUCUACCAAGCCCUAGUUCAACCACACUUUGAUUACUGCUCAAUG